CUAUUUUUUAAGAUACACUUCAGUUUCAAGCUACAUCUGUUUUUUGCUCUUACCCUUUUCUUAGCUUGAUUAGUCAAUCUAGGUCAUUUUUUGUUAAAUCAUUAUCUAUUUUGUAUCUAAUCAAUAUGCCACCGUCAUCGUCAGAAAAUGCAUCACCUCCUGACUUUAGUAAUCGAGCUCGUGCAACCUUUGCUUAUCAGAAACUUUAUUCCAACCGAAGUGGAAUUAAUGCAGUUUUCCUAGGUCCUCCUGGUUCUGGUAAAGGUACUCAGGCUCAACGUGUUAAAUCAACUUAUGGUGUUUGUCAAUUAGCCACUGGUGAUAUGCUUCGAGCUGAAGUUGCCUCAGGGUCUGAUCUUGGUAAAUAUGUUAAAAAUAUAAUGGAUUCUGGUAAAUUAGUUGAUGAUGAACUGGUCGUUAAACUGAUUGAUGCCAAUCUGGACAAAGCUGAAUGCCGUAAUGGAUUCCUUUUAGAUGGUUUUCCACGUACAGUUGUUCAAGCCGAAAAGUUGGAUACGCUUUUAGAUAAACGAAAUACUCAACUUGAUUCCGUGAUUGAAUUCAAAGUUAACGAGGAUUUAUUGGUUCGUCGUAUCUGUGGUCGUUUAAUUCACCCUUCUAGUGGAAGAACCUACCACGAGGAAUUUUAUCCACCAAAAAAAGAAAUGACUGAUGAUGUAACUGGCGAGCCUUUGGUUCGACGUUCAGAUGACAAUCCUGAGGCCUUAAGGAAACGAUUGCAAACAUAUGACAGCUUAACUAAACCUUUGGUUUCUUACUAUCAGAAAAAAGAAAUUCACUCGGCGGUUGAUGCAACUCUUAAACCUGAUGAAGUUUUUAAUCAAAUUAAGUCUGCAUUUGAUAAAUCUAAGAUGAAGGACCAAGUUAUUUUCAUCUAGGAUUAUUGGCUCUCUAGAAAGGAAAACUCCUUUCCUUUGUUAAGUUUUCAUUUACUUUCUGAAUUGAACAAAUGAAUACAAUUAUUGGUUAUAGUUUGAUAGUAACAUGGUCAGUACCAUGAAAACUGAUAAAAUUUGCAUCCUUUUCUUUACUAUGCUGAUUCCUGGUUUGUUUAUUACUAUUAAUAUUUUAAGUACAAAUACAAUGCAAUUUAAUAUCAGAUGUUUUUUUGUGAGAUAAAAGUAAACUUUUCAAAAUAUUUGA